CCGCUCCCCCUUCCCCCAGGAGGGGAGGGUCCGGGCUGCGCUUCCGACCUUGCCUGGGAAACUUUGCUUGUCCAGCUCUGUGCCCGCGGGGAGAACCAGAGGGGCGCCCACCCGGCCCCGGGCAAGUCUCGGGGUUCUCCGGAUCCGUUUUCUUCCUUUAAAAGCUCCCGGAAAACCCCGCAGACAAUUUCACCGGGAAGAGGUCACUCAAGUUCAGCAAGAGUUUGCGGUCCCCUGAUUGGGCGUUAAACAGGAGACUUUAUGAGUGGUGAUGGAGGGGUAUACUGGGACCUCUUCUGGGUUCAAAGAAAUAAGAAUAACCAAAGCAUCCGUGGGCAUCUCUACAAAACGGAUCUGUGUAUCAAGAUGCUCUGAAGAACAGUAACUACCCUUAGGAAUGUCUAGUGCUACAAAAUGACUAAAACUAAUUCUAGCAUCUUCCGUUUUGCCAUCAUCUUCAUGUUGAUACUUCAGAUCAGAAUCCAAUUAUCUGAUGAAAGUGAAUUUUUUGUUGACAGAUCAAAAGCAGGUCUCACCCAUGUUCCCAAAGACGUAUCCCCGAAAACAACAAUCUUAGAUAUAUCACAAAACUAUAUAUCUGAGCUUCGGACUUCUGAUAUCCUAUCACUAUCAAAGCUGAGGAUUUUAAUAAUUUCUCAUAAUAGAAUCCAAUACCUUGAUAUCAGUGUUUUCAAAUUCAACCCGGAACUGGAAUACUUGGAUUUGUCCCACAACAAGUUGGGGAAGAUUUCUUGCCACCCUACUGUGAACCUCAAGCACUUAGACCUCUCAUUUAAUGCAUUUGAUGCCCUGCCCAUAUGCGAAGAGUUUGGCAACAUGUCUCAACUAGAAUUUCUGGGGUUGAGUGCCACACAGUUACAAAAAUCUAGUGUGCUGCCAAUUGCUCAUUUGCAUAUCAGUAAGGUUUUACUGGUCUUAGGAGACCCUUAUGGGGAAAAAGAAGACUCUGAGAGCCUUCAAGACCUUAACACAGAGAGUCUGCACAUUGUUUUCCCAACAGGAAAGGAAUUCCAUUUCAUUUUGGAUGUGUCCAUCAGCACUGCAGUAAAUCUGGAACUGUCUAAUAUCAAAUGUGUGCUAGAUGAUAAUGGAUGUUCUUACUUCCUAAAUGUUCUGUCAAAACUUCAAAAGAACCCAAGGUUAUCAAGUCUUACCUUAAACAACAUUGAAACAGCUUGGGAUUCUUUCAUUAUGAUCCUCCAGUUGGUUUGGCAUACAAGCAUAGAGUAUUUCUCAAUUAAAAAUGUGAAACUACAAGGUUACCUUGGCUUCAGAGAUUUUGAUUAUUCUAACACUUCACUGAAGGCCUUGUCUAUACAGCAAGUUGUCAGUGAUGUGUUCAGUUUUCCACAAAGUUCUAUCUACAAAAUCUUUUCAAAUAUGAACAUCCAAAAUUUCACAGUGUCUGGUACACACAUGGUCCACAUGCUUUGCCCAUCCCAAACCAGCCCAUUUCUAUAUUUGGAUUUUUCCAAUAAUCUCUUAACAGAUACCCUUUUUAGAGAUUGUGGAAAAUUGACUCAAUUGGAGACACUUAAUUUAAAAAUGAAUCAAUUAAAAGAACUUGCAAAUAUAGUUCAUAUGACCAAGGAGAUGAAGUCUCUACAACAAUUGGAUAUUAGCCAGAAUUUUCUAAGGUAUGAUGAAAAUGAAGGAAAUUGCUCUUGGACUAGAAGUUUAUUAAGUUUAAAUAUGUCUUCAAAUAUACUUACUGACUCUGUUUUCAGGUGUUUACCUCCCAGGGUCAAGGUACUUCAUCUUCACAAUAACAGAAUAAGGAGCAUUCCUAAGCAAAUCAUGAAACUAGAAUCUUUGCAAGAACUCAAUCUUGCUUUCAAUUCUUUAACCGACCUUCCUGGAUGUGGUACCUUUAGCAGCCUUUCUAUACUGAUCAUUGAUUAUAAUUCAAUUUCCAACCCAUCAGCUGAUUUCUUCCAGAGCUGCCAGAAUAUUAGGUCAAUAAAAGCAGGGAACAAUCCAUUCCAAUGUACAUGUGAGCUAAGAGAAUUUAUCCAAAGUAUAGGCCAAGUAUCAAGUGAUAUGGUGAAGGGUUGGCCUGAUUCUUAUAAGUGUGACUAUCCAGAAAGCUAUAAGGGAACCCAACUAAAGGACUUUCAUGUGUCCCAACUAUCCUGCAACACAGCUCUGCUGAUUGUCACCAUUGUGGUCCCUGUGCUGGUGUUGGCUGUUACUGUGACCAUCCUUUGUAUCUACUUGGAUCUGCCCUGGUAUCUCAGGAUGGUGUGUCAGUGGACCCAGACCCGGCGCAGGGCUAGGAACGUACCCUUAGAAGAACUCCAAAGAACUCUCCAGUUCCAUGCUUUUAUUUCAUAUAGUGGGCAUGAUUCUACCUGGGUGAAGAAUGAAUUACUACCAAACCUAGAAAAAGAAGAUAUACGGAUUUGUCUCCAUGAGAGAAACUUUGUUGCUGGCAAGAGCAUUGUGGAAAAUAUCAUAAACUGCAUUGAGAAAAGUUAUAAGUCCAUCUUUGUUUUGUCUCCCAACUUUGUCCAGAGUGAGUGGUGCCAUUAUGAACUCUACUUUGCCCACCACAAUCUCUUUCAUGAAACUUGUGAUAACUUAAUCUUGAUCUUGCUGGAACCCAUUCCACGGUAUUCCAUUCCUAGCAGCUAUCACAAGCUCAAAACUCUCAUGGCACUGAGGACUUAUUUGGAAUGGCCCAAGGAGAAGAGCAAACAUGGACUUUUUUGGGCUAACCUAAGAGCAGCCAUUAAUAUUAAGUUGAUGGAGCAAUCAAAAUAAAUAAAUCACAUGUACAUCUAAAAAUAUUCCUCUUUUCACUGUUGCUGCUUUUGGAAGUUCCAACAAUGACUUUAUUUUGUAUCAACAUAAAUCUAAACACGAUUUUGGAUUUAUGAUGUAGAUAAAAAUGUGUACUUUCAGGCCCCAGUUCACCAUUUAUAUGUGGUAAUAAAAAUUAAUGAAGUGAUAUAAUCUUGAUUUAAACAGUUAGUUAAUUUCUAACACAUGAGGGAUUCACCUGUUCUUUACUAGGACUGAAUUCAUUGAAUUUAUCGUGUAAUCAAUAGUAGUACCUAUUCAAACAACUUCAGUGAUAUAUUCUCCUGUGUGCCAGGGUCAAUCUUAGAAAACGCCAUGCCUUUUAUACCUGUAGCUGGGUUUCUUUAGCAAUUUUCUGUAGCUGUGGGUGCCCUCUUCAUUUCCACUCAGCAUUGCCCCUGCAUGAAAUGCCCAGAAAGGGCAAUUCAGAAGUGCCGGAGGUUGUCCUAGGAACCAGCCCUCAACCAAUGUCACAAAGAGAAUUGGGGGAUAAAUACUCCAACUUUCUCAGCCCUUUUUUGGGAUAAAUCUGGGGUGUACUUUAAACUCUUUUUGAGUUUCUUUCUUAUCUCAUAUCCUUUCUAUUCUUAUCUCAUAUCCUCAUUUCUCCAAGGGUGUUUCCUGGAGUCUUCUCUGAAAUAAACUACUUGCAGUUGAA